AUUUGUAGUCGAUACGAUGAACAACUUCAUUGUAGUUCAAAUUCAAAUUGGUGUUCGAGAUUUACUCUAACCUGGUUCAAUAUUAUUAUACAUUUUGAUGCUAGCUGUAUUGCCUUUUUUAGAAAACAUUAUUCGGCAAACAUUAAACAAUUCCAUAGCGAAGCGAUCUGUGUUUUGUGGUUCAUCAAUGAAGAGAUCAAGGACUAGUUCAAAGGCAAAGUCCAAGAGAGAAGAAGCCGAAGAUGAUACCAUUAAAAAUGAUAUUGAAGCGAAGUCAAAGGACAAUGAACACAAUUUAAUAGUACAAGCUAAGAACUUAAAAAAUCAGAAAUUAAACAAUGUAUCAAAAAGUGACAAGAAAUCAAUUGGUAGUUUCAAACACCCUGCUGAAACUACUUUAGAAGAUUCUAUAAAUCCUGAGCACAAACAAAAAAGUAAACUUAAUUUAAAAAGAUUAAAAGAUCGUAAUAACAAAAACAAUGAAGAACUAAAACCAAACGUACCUCCUCCAAAGAAUAAGCCCAGAGCUGUGGUAGAUCUAAAAAUGAUGACUGAGGAAUUAAAACAGUUAGAGGAACCCCCAUCUACCGAUUGGGAAAAAGAAAUAUGUUUGAAUAGACUUCCAUUCUCAUUUUAUGAUUCUCCUUGUGAAGAGUUAGCUCAAAAUUUGUUAGGGAAAAUACUGGUUCGUUAUUUAGAGAAUGGGACUGUUCUAAAAGGUAGAAUUGUUGAAACAGAGGGUUACUUGGGUGUGAUAGACAAAGCUUCACACACAUAUCAAAAAAAAAUUACCCCUCGUAAUAUGCCGAUGUAUAUGUCACCAGGAACUGUCUAUGUGUACAUGACUUAUGGCAUGUACCAUUGUUUUAAUAUAUCUAGUCAAGAGUCAGGUGCAUAUGUACAAAUUAAAGCAGUGGAACCUAUGCUUGGCCUUGAUUAUAUGGAACUGCUUAGGAACAUGCAAUUUGGAGAGAAUAGAAAAGAAAAAAGAAUCAUAGCAAAUGCUAAGUCCAUCAAACAAUAUGAGCUUUGUAACAGUCCAUCCAAGAUUUGUGCUGCUUUUGAUAUUGAUGAAGAUAGUUUCAAUGAGCAAAAAAUUUAUGAGUUUCAGAAUUUGUGGAUAGAAUAUGAUCCUUAUAUAAAGUUUACUACUAUUGUAGCAGCACACCCUAACAAUAAUUCAGGACAUGGUGUCCAAAAUAUAUGGAGAUAUUAUGUGUUAGGAAGUUCUAGUGUAACUGAGAGAGAUAUUAAAUCUGAAGAGCAUGCCUAUAAUAUCUAACAAUUUCUAUUUUUCGGGUGUUACAUUCUAUCAUAUAGAUAUCU